AUGGAUGCGAAAGUUAUGAAGCGGGCCGUUGUGGUUUUGCUUUGUCUUUUCGUUGCCCUGACAACCACCGCAUGGGAGAACGUGGACAUAGUGUCGAUCAUGAAUAUAUACAAUCUCAUAUACAAUCUCAUUUCGAAGUCGCGUGAUAUGUGUGAGGAAUAUGGUAUAUUCAUGGACAUCUUGACUAUAUAUAUAUAUAUAAACAAAGGUUCUGGCAAUCAAUUGGGAGCCACAGCAAAUAUAUAUAGCCCAGGAUCUAUUCCCCGAAGCUCGGGUAUAAAAUGGUUUUAUAUCAAAGCCAUCGAUCUACAAGAAUGGCAGGUGAUGAUGCUCUCAGAUCGCAUGGAUUGA